AGCGUGUUCCGAGGGCGGAAUCGAGCGCUUCCGACGGUGCCCGAAGUGUUCCGAGGCCUCGUCCGAAGGCGAGCGAUGGUUCCCGACGAGCGGGGCCCGCGUUUCCUGCCGGCUGGCCAAUCCCAAGGCAGGACGCGGCCGAGUCUAGGCGCGCGGCCCGAAGCGAUACCUUACAGUUCGGGUGGGGAACCCGAGCGCGCCCGAACAGGGCCGAGUCCCCGAGCGGUCCGGCCCAGAGGGUCGAAGAAUCCCGAGCUCGUGCCGGUCUUUUCCGAUCUUGCCCGAAGGCGGGUGAGGCGGGCGCGAGCGAAGCCGAGCUGUGCCGAGUCCUCUCCGAGCGCGCCCGAAUUCGCCUUCGCCGGCCCGAACGGAGACGCCCGAACGGGCAGUGCCCGAAUCCGCCAACCGGGCCGAACGCUCCGAUCGCACCCGAAGGCAGCAGGGGCGGGGAUAGAGCAGCCAGCCCCGCCCCAGCGCGCGGACAAACGGUCGCGGCGCGGAGCCUGCCGGGACGCUGGAGGACCGGGAGGGGGGGCGGCGGGCCGGGAUGCCCGCUGUGAGGCGAGAUCUGAAUCAAUUAUGUCAGCUGUCCCUCUACAGCUUCUGUUUUAUGUAAAUGGCUUUUAUUUAAUCUUUUACUUGCUGGCCACUCUCGCAAUGUUGCUUUAUAAAAGCCAAGCUUUCAGCUAUCCAGAAGACUUUUUGUCUGUUGAUCUCACCCUGCUUGUCAUUACGGCCAUUGCUGAAGCGCUCCGGUUGUACCUGGGUGUAAGGGGGAACCUGACAGAAGAAGAGAGUUUGUUGGGGAUCAGUCUUGUGAUGACAGUGGGCAGUGUGUUUCUGGCUGUGUACUUCCUGGUGUGGCAAACCUAUGUGCUGAAAACCGAUGUCAUCCUCAACAGUAUUCUGCUCUUCUUCUAUGGGAUGGAGUCAAUUCUCAAGAUCUCAGCCAUCGCUGCUUUUAACAGUUAAACCUACAGGUCUUCAACGUGUUAGCAGCACAU